GUAGUGUAUUAUUAAAUAUUUUACAAUAUUGAACAAAAAUACAAUGUGUACACAUAACGCAAAUUACGAUUGGGUAAAAUAUCCAUUUAUAAAUAAUUCUCAUUCGUAAUCUAAUAAAAAAGCUAUCGAUAAUGUGUUCAUGUGUUAUACGAGUGAUAUGCGUCUACUCGUGGCUAAACAAAUAUAUUUGUUUUAGUCAUAUGCCUACCAACUAAACAUCUAUAUGGUUUAUUGCAAGGAUAAAAAAAACAAAACUUAUCUAUGCCCUAUGGCAUAAUUUAAUUGGCCAUUCAACAUUUUACGUGUAUCAACGUGUGUUUGACUUUGACUUUACACGACUAUCAAACUUUUUGAUUAGUCUGAGUAAAAAAACAUUUUACAAUCAUGCUCGAAGUUUUUGAGUUGCAAUGUUUUGUUCAAAAUUACUUGUGGGGUAAAAAAGGUUCUGCGAGUGAAGUUAGUCGCUUGAGUUUGGCUGGCCAACAUCUAGAUUCUAUAGAUGAAAAACAGUUCUACGCUGAAUUGUGGAUGGGUGCUCUUCAUAAAAGUCCUUCGUUAGUAAAAAGCUCUGGGCAGAAAUUGAGUGACUGGAUAAAAAGCAACAAUGAGGCGUUGGGCUUAAAGUCUAGAUUAAAAUUUGGUGAUGAAUUGCCAUUUUUAAUGAAAGUGUUAUCCAUAAACUCGGCCCUCUCCAUUCAAGUGCAUCCAUCUAAGGAUUAUGCUGAAGAACUAAAUAAGAAAUUUCCUAAACUAUAUCAAGAUUCUAAUCAUAAACCAGAAAUGGCUAUUGCGCUUAGUAACUUUGAAGGACUUUGUGGUUUCCGUCCAUAUUCUGAAAUUAAAUUCUUUUUAAAAGAAAUACCAGAAUUUCAAAAUAUUGUUGGAUAUGAAGUUAUUGAUAAAUUUAAAAAAGAUACUACCGAUUCACAACAUUUGCUUAAGGAAAUAUUUUACAAGUUAAUGACUUCAGAAAAAGGAAUUAUAAGCCAAAAUGUUGGCAGCCAUAAAAGAAAGCUGCAAUCGCUGUGCGAUGAUAAAAAAAACGUGUUCUUAGCAAAACUAUUUAAUCAACUCGAUUGUUGGUUUCCAAAUGAUGUUGGAUGUUUCUGCAUAUAUUUUUUAAAUUAUAUUCAACUCUCACCAGGUCAAGCAAUAUAUUUAGGAGCUAACGAACCUCAUGCUUAUAUCUAUGGUGAUUGCAUUGAAUGUAUGGCUUGUUCUGAUAAUGUGAUAAGAGCUGGGUUGACUCCGAAAUAUAUUGAUGUAGAGACUUUAUGCAGGGUAAUACAUUUUAAUGGGGCACCUGCUGAAUCCAAGUUGUUUUGUGGAGUUGAAGAAAAUUCUUAUACAACACUUUUUAGACCUCCAGUUCCUGAUUUUGCAGUGGCUUGCAUUAAAGUUCCUGCAGAUGAAGUUUAUGAAUUAUUGAAAAGAGAUGUUGCUUCCAUAAUUAUUGUUAUAAAUGGUCAAGGUAAAAUAACUGCACCACAAGAUUUGAUGUUAUCGCCAGGAAAAGUUUUUAUGAUACCAGCUAAUGUCGUAAUUCAAAUACAAGUAGGAUUUGAGUCUUUAGAAUUAUAUCAAGCAUUUGUUAAUUUAUAAAUACAAUUUUAAAUACAUAGGUAGUAUAAUUAUUUGCUCUCUACAAUUUGUCUGAGAAAUUUUUACUAAAAUAUACUAAAUU